CAAUUCCACUUUUGUGAGUUCUUGUCACUGGACCAGAGCAUAGGAACACAUCCAGGUUACACGAUGUCUGACCCAGGGGAUCUUCCUAAAGGAAAGCCCCAGAAGUAUCCACAAAGGAAAAGAACCAUGUUCACUCAGAAACAACUGGCAGAUUUGCGGCUCCUGUUCAAUGAGAACCCAUACCCGACCUCCAGCCUUCAGAGAGAAAUGGCCUCAAAAAUGGAGAUACAUCCAACAGUCGUGAAGGUUUGGUUCAAGAACCACAGAGCAAAACUCAAGAGAGCCAAAUACAAGCCUAUUCAGCAAAAACAACAAGAGGCUCAACAGCAGCAAUUAGCUGAGGCAGGAGGCAAGGCCAGCUCUUCCAAGACAGGCGCGGAUACACCUCCCAGAUCCCCUCGCAGGGCCCUCCCCGCAUCCCUGGUUUAUACAGAGCAUCCAGAGCAUCCAGUGCCUGCUUUCCAGCUCCGCCUGUGCCCCAAUUUUAAUGCUCACACAGACCACUUUGUUGGCCACAAAAUAGUUCAUUUCGGCUGCUGCCGAGACCCUAACAUAUACUGCCUCUCUCCCACUCUGGAAUCCCAAGUUCUUUCCACGAGCAUCAGCGCUAAUUCCUUCUGCUCUUCAUCACCACCAAGAUCUUGUCAGUGAGAGGACCCAGACACAAAAAGUCACGUGGUGGAAUGAUUUGUAAUGAUUCCCACACACGAGAAUGCUUUUCAGCCAUAAAAAGGAAGGAACACAAGAUAUACACAACAUGGAUGCGUUUCAACAUUGUGUUGAAUGAAAGAAAAAAAGACACGAAAGACAACAUACUAUAUAAUUCCAUUUAUAUGCAUUCCUGGAGCAGGAAAUGCCACAGCGCCAAAAAACACAUUAGCGGCUGCCCAUGUGGUAGAUCUAAGAGACUAGUAUGGGCAGUAUCUUUUUUCUUUUUCCUGCUUCUUUGUUAUGAUUUUAUUUUUUUUCUCCAGUAUCAUUCAGGUUUAGUCACUGUCAGUAAGUGGAGCUUUGGCUUAUUUUUUUCUACUUUCUAUUUUUCAGUCACCUUCCCAGCCAUCUCUUUAUAACUUUGACCACUCAAAUAUUUCCAGCUCCCAAAUUUUUCUUUUGUUAAUCUUUUUUUUUUUUUUUUUAAGAUUGGUACCCGAGCUAACAUCUGUUGCCAAUCUUCCUUUUCCUUUUUUUCUUUUCUUCUUCUUCUCCCCAAAGCGCUCCCCAGGACACAGCUGUACACUCCAGGUGCAGGUCCUUCUGGUUGUGCUAUAUGGGACACCACCCCAGCCUGGCCCAAUGAGUGGUGCCACGUCUGCACCCAGGAUCUGAACCGGCAAACCCCAGGCCACCGAAGCAGAGGGCACGAACUCAACCACUUGGCCACGGAGCUGGUCCCUCAACUCUCCUUAAGACAAUGAAACAUGCUCUCCUAAGCCAUCUGUAACCCCCCAGAAGGAACCGCUAUUUUGACUUUUGCCUAUUCAUAAAUUUCACAUAAGUUGAAUCAUUCCA